UUCAACAAAUUGAUAAUCUCCAGAACCAAAACAAACUUUAUAUUGAGAACUCCCUAGAGAUUACAAAUUCCAACUGAAGGUUUAUUCUGAAGAAAGGAUCUUUGUUCAAAGAAAUUGUGAGGACGUUAAAAAUUCAUUUACAAGCUUUACUCCAGUUGUUAAAGUGCUCGAUAUGACAUCGCCACUGUUGGGCGAGAAACAGCCUUUGAUAACAAGGGCAAAGAGAGAUCGUACAAGGUUACACUACAUCAUAUUAUCAACAGUACUAGUGAUCAUAGUGCUCAUAUAUCACCUUCUAUUCAGACUAAGCUACAAUAUAACAGGGUAUUCAUGGGAUCCAUUACCUUUAUUCAAAGACCCACAACAAAGGGGUGCAGAUACAACACAUCAAAAAUUUCAAUUAAAACAUAUAUAUCAUCAUGGUGUUUCUAGAGAUCAUUCAGUGCAUAAAAGACUAGAUAUAACUCCGGAAUUCAUCUCCAAACACUCAUUGCAUCUAUUGAGUAAUGCUAACUUGGAAGAUUGGUCCACAAAACGACAUGUUGGAGAGUCGCCCUGGACAGUUAAUUUACCAUCCAAAUCCAAUAAAAUCGUUUUGAAAAGAUUAGCAGAUCGUGAUCCGGAUAGUGUUGAAUCAUAUUUGGAUUAUGCAAGAGAAGCUGGUUCAGAAGAAGUCUCUAAGAUACAUCUUGAUUGGGUUGAUGAUGAAGUUGAUGCACCAAAUGUAACUGAUAAAGAUACUGUGAUUACAUUAGCUUUGAUGUCUUCAAAUGCAUAUGUUGAAGUCCCAGAAACUGGUGAUUGGAGGGAUGUUGGUUGGAAUAAAUCAAUAAGUCAUGGAUGGAAUGAAACAGGUGUUCGUGGUCAAAUCUUUGUUAGUGAUGAUAAUUCAACAGUUGUUAUUUCAUAUAAAGGUACAAGUGCAGCUUAUCUUUCAGGCUCGGGUAAUGAUGAAACAGUACCACAAGAUAAAGAUAAUGAUAAUUUGUUAUUUUCAUGUUGUUGUGCAAGAGUAAGUUACAUGUGGACAACAGUUUGUGAUUGUUAUAGAAAGUCUUACACUUGUGAUCAAAAAUGCCUUGAGAAGGAAUUAAGACGUAAAGAUAGAUAUUAUCAAGCUGCAAUGGAUGUUUACAAAAAUGUUACCAAAGAAUAUCCAAAUGCUAAUAUUUGGGUAACUGGUCAUUCAUUAGGUGGUGCUUUGUCAAGUUUAAUUGGACGCACAUUUGGUGUUCCUGCAGUAACUUUUGAAGCUCCAGGGGAAUUAUUAGCAACUAGAAGAUUACAUUUACCAAUGCCUCCAGGUUUGCCUGCAUAUAUGGAAGGGAUAUGGCAUUUUGGACAUACAGCUGAUCCAAUUUUUAUGGGUGUCUGUAAUGGUGCAAGUUCAGCAUGUUCAGUUGGUGGUUAUGCGAUGGAAACUCAAUGUCAUAGUGGUAAACAAUGUGUUUAUGAUGUCGUUACUGAUAAAGGCUGGCAUGUUAAUAUGAUGAAUCAUAGAAUACAUACAGUUAUUGAUGAAAUUUUACAAGAAUAUAACAAUACAGCUCCAUGUAUUGAAACACCACCUUGUCGUGAUUGUUUCAACUGGAAUUUUGUUGCUGAUGGUCAUAAGAAAGAAUCAAGCUCAACUAGCAGCACGUCAACUUCUAGUACUGCUGCACCAACGGCUACAAAUGAGCCUGAAUGCAAGAAAAGAACAUGGUAUGGUCGUUGUUAUGAAUGGGAUGAUGAUGACAAAUCAAGUUCAACUAGUGGCACUACUUUGACCUCUACCAAUGCAGCACCAACAGCUACAAACAAACCUGAGUGCAAGAAAAGAGCAUGGUAUGGUCGUUGUAAUAAAUGGGAUGAUGAUGACGAUAAUGAAUCAAGCUCCACCAUCGGUACUACUUUGACUUCUACCAGUUCGCCUCCAACAACUACAAGUGAACCUGAGUGCAAGAAAAGAACAUGGUAUGGUCGUUGUUAUGAAUGGGAUGGUGAUAAUAACUAGAGAAAGUUUAGGCAUACUUGAUUUUUUUUUUGGCAAAAUCUACAAUAGGGAUAUAUUUAUGAUAAAGAAGGAAAUUUUAAUUAAAGUUACGGGUACAAUAUAUGAUAAUGGGA